UUCUGGUAGCAGAGAGGUGGUGGAAGCGCACAAAUGAGGUAUGUGAAAGCUAAGCUAUCGUGUUUUGUAAGCGCAUUUUCUUCAUACUAAAAUGGCGUCUUUCUCGAUGGUGACAGCUGAACUUUAUAUUCCGUUCCGAGGGGAAUUAUAUUUUUCUUCAACGUAAAACAGAAUGCAAAAACAUGAGCUCCUUGUGCUUUUAUUCCUUCUUAUUUUUGCGUGGUAAUUUUAUCGUAAGAAAACUGCUUUCGCGAGCAAAUAUUUUUCGUCUUUCGAAAUCAGUCGAUCGACGUAAACUUAGGCUUAUUGUUUUCGUGUAUUUUUCUUUACCCUGGCAACAAUUUCACCAUCCGUAAAAUGUAUUACAGAAAAACAAUCCCUAUCUUCAUCCUGUAUUUAACGGUAAAGCAAAAAAUUGUUUGAGACGAACAUUCUGCGAAGGGAUAUCGGUUUGGUGUUCGCUCUUUCUAAUUCGUUUCGUUAGCCGGCGGCCGGCACAAAGUUCAGGUUAAUUUUUUUUAGUGAAGCUUUUCUUUGUUGAUUUCAGGAAUUUCUUCUUGUCAUUUGCCUAAAUUGGAAGGACAAAACCCAUGUUCACUCACAGUUUAUAUUCGAGUUCUGCGUUUUACUUUUAAUGUAUAGGCUUGCUGCGAAAGAAAUAUUUGAGGUUAAAGGGGAAAAGCCCGGCUCCCUUCGUGAUCGCUAAUUGAAUGUAAAAAAAAAAAAUAGUUGUAAUAUACUUAUUUUAGCUUCAACAUCGACUCUGUGGUAAACUUAAAACAGUCUUGUCGGUAGAAAUACGUUUAAUCCAUCCAUUCCAAAAGGGUUUUCAUAUUAGCAAAAAAAGCUGAGGAUCUAGCCGAGAUUGCAAAAUUCCUAGUAUCUGCCAAAAAAUAAUUUGUGACGUCAAAGGCGGACUUUGUUAAUUAGGGAAAUGUCAAAAUACUGAUAUUGGCACACGAGUUUUUUGGGUGGAAAAAAUUCUUUUUUAGGUUACUUUUUUUUUAAAAUAAGACAUUGAAUCUUAAGUUUUUGUUGAUGAAAAAUGUGUGGAUUAGUGCUAUCCAGUGGAUAGAGAUUUAUCCAGUGGAUAGUGCUAUUCACCUUUUGAACAACUAGGACCUAGGCAAAUUGAUUUAAUAAAAUCAGGUUGAAAUGACAGAGCAACUUGUUGUAAAUUCUUCUUAAAAAAUCUCUGCUACUGUUACAUUAUUUCUGACAAGAUAUAUGAUUGAAAAGUACAUUGUUGUGCAGUAUGGUAAAACACCUGGUCCCAGUUGUUCAAAACGUGGAUAACGCUAUCCACCGGAUAAAUCACUAUCCACUGGAUAGCGCAAUUGGUUUCCCUAACACUUAUCCGUUGGAUAGUGAUUUAUCCGGUGGAUAGCGGUAUCCAACNGAGAUUUAUCCAGUGGAUAGUGCUAUUCACCUUUUGAACAACUAGGACCUAGGCAAAUUGAUUUAAUAAAAUCAGGUUGAAAUGACAGAGCAACUUGUUGUAAAUUCUUCUUAAAAAAUCUCUGCUACUGUUACAUUAUUUCUGACAAGAUAUAUGAUUGAAAAGUACAUUGUUGUGCAGUAUGGUAAAACACCUGGUCCCAGUUGUUCAAAACGUGGAUAACGCUAUCCACCGGAUAAAUCACUAUCCACUGGAUAGCGCAAUUGGUUUCCCUAACACUUAUCCGUUGGAUAGUGAUUUAUCCGGUGGAUAGCGGUAUCCAACUUUUGAACAACCGGGGCCUGGUUUGUCAAUACAAUAAACUGCAGGAUACUUCAAAGACACAUUUGAGUAUGUAAAUCAGUGCUUUAAUGAAAAGCUUUUCAAUAUUCCAAAGUGGUUUAUUUGCAAAACUAUAGAAACAGAAAUAUCACCAUUUUAUGGAAAUGGUCCAUUUCAAAUUCAUUUCAAGUAAUCUUACAGGCAUCACAUGAGACAAAAAUCAUAUGGUAAGAUGGAUGGACAAACAAAGGCAACAAUGGGUGAUUCAGGUGUCAAUACCCUUGACCCCCUCUGUAUACUAACUGAUUUUUGAAAUGUCCUAAAUGGUUAUUGAAGUCACUCUUAAAAUUUGUAACUUGAGACAGAAAGCUAAUGGACUUCAUUUGUCAUCCUGCCAGUAAAUAUCAAAUUAUUUGUCUUUCUUUAAAUUUUGUGUAAAAUUAAUUGUUACCUUAGUGGCAAUAUACUUAUAUAAUAACAGUUAAUUUUUAAUAAUUUUCCCACUUUUUCCUGCUCUUGUUUUUAUAUAUAUUUUCUGUAUCCCAUCUGCAGAUACGAGGAUUUUGUGCAGCUAUUUGUAGAAUUAGAAAGUCACUGUUAGUCAAGGUGAGUUAGGGUAUAAGUAUGUCACUAAGGACAUUUUGUAUAGUAUAACACCAUGACUAUAUUAGUUUACAACAGGACUUUAACCUAUUAUCAUGCUUUACCAAGUUAGUAGAUCUCAAUAAGGGUUUAAAAGAUUCAACAGUAAAUUUAUAAGAAUGUCAAUGUGUGAAUAUACUCUCUUAUUAGAUGAAAGUUUCUUGUGGUUUGAAUGUUGGCAAGCUGCUUAGAGUGUUGCAGGAGGGGCUGCUGAAAGAAGAGGCUGCACACUUUGCACCACUCACAUGCCUGGUGGGAAAUGAGGUAACACUUCAUCUUUAAAUUAAAGGGGAAAACCCAAUUUUAUUUUGUAACAUAAUGUAUUAAUUUCUAGUGCAAAGGUAAGUGCUUGAGAGGCAUUAACUAACUGCCUGGCAAUGCUGCCUCUGUAAUUGAAUAUGGCAACAAAAUUAUCUAAAAACAUUUCUUUUAUUUUAGGAUUCAGAUGGAAUCAGUCUUUCUCAGCGGGAUAACAUCACAACAUUCAUGCUGAAUCUGAGCAGACACUGUGGAUUUCACUCAGAAACAUACUCCCUUUCUGUUAACUUGCUUGAUCGUUUCCUCUCAGUAGUAAAGGUAAGUUUUUUUCCCAGGUAAAUAAUAAACUUUUGUUUUUGUAUAUUGAGUUAACAGGAAGAAAACUUAUAACUGUUACUUACUGGUCUUAAUUUUUUUUAAGCAUGUACAUUCUAUUAAUUUAAAAAAUGUCAAAUAUCAGGUUGUAAAAACAGGGUUGUCAGAAAGUUUUGAAGUAGAUCGAUGAGUGGUCAAAGUAAGUGGCCAGUCCAGGGAUAUUUAUUUAAAAUUAAAAUAAAUAAGGUUUUGGAGCUAAGAAAUUUUCUUGUCUGUUCUAUUGUAGGCAAAUCCUAAGUACCUUCCUUGCAUGAGCAUCUGCUGUCUUUUUCUGGCCAUUAAGAUGUCUGAGGAGGAUGAGGUAAAAAAUACCCAUACACUACAUUACUGUUUAAACUAAGAUCUAAGGUUUUUCCACUACAAAAAUAUAAUUGUGUCUUGAAAGACUGUUAUUGCUCUUCACUGAGAGUCAAGGGAAGCAAUUGUGGCACAGUGGUGACCCGCGUUCAAGUCCUAGCAUCAAACCCAUAAUUAUGUGGGAUGAGUUUGUCCUUGCUCCAGUUUUUCUCUGUACUCUUGCUGGUUUUCCCUUCUUCUCAAAAACCAACACUUCCAAAAUGCAUUCUUAAGUGUAAGAACUCCCAGGUGCUUCAUGGAGAAACAAAUUUCAAUUUCCCAUAUUAUUAUCUCUUCAGUGAAUGAUGAGGGUAAAUCUUCAAAUCUGAUGUCAGCAGUUUCUUCAGUAAAUAAAGUCAUGAUACUUGGUUCUCUCAUAUAUUGACCUAGUUAAUGUGUUUUUAUUCAUUUUUGUCUCAGGAUGUCCCAACAGCAGCUGAUUUUGUCAAAGUUAGUGGUCUUCGCUUCUCUUCUUCUGAUCUGCUUCGUAUGGAGCGCAUCAUCCUUGAUAAACUCAACUGGAAUUUAAAUGCUACUACUCCUUUAUAUUUUUUGCAAGUGGUAAGUAUAUGCAACGAGUAUCGUUCAUGAAACCUUCCAUCCUUCUUUCUUUCUUGCUUCUUCAUUUCUAUCCCUCCUUUCUCUUUUUCUUAACCCCUUUCCACAUGAUUUUUUAUUUGCUUUUAUUAUUUUAGUACAAGACCUUGUAAUAAGUAUGUAUUUUUAAUUUUCUGCAGUUCCAUGCUCUUGGCGUUGCAAAAGGCUUUCUUGAUCAUUGCCCAGUGAACCAACAUUUACAACACAUCACUUCUCUUAUGGAGGGCCUCCUCUGCCACCACAAGUUUAUGUUCUUUAAGGUAAAUUCUCCUUUAAUUUAAGUAUUGUUAGUCAAACACAAUAUAUAUGUUGUAGUUAUUUUUUUUUAUCUCAGGUAAUUUUUCUUUUUCUUUUGUUUUGGGGUAUGGUAAUAUGCAAAUGAAGUUGAAACAAAAGAAAAAUAAAAAAUUAACUAUGCAACAUAUAUAUAUAUUUGUGCAUUAAAUCGUGCGAACAAAAUGUUGCUAGGAAUAAGUCAGGCUUUUAUUUCUGAGAAUUACCACUGUGAGUGAAACAACAGUAAGGAAAUAUCUUGAGUCCACUGGCUGCUCAUUAGCCAUUUCCUAGGAGAGCAUUCUUUGGCCCAACUACUUCUGCUUACAACAGGCUUGCACUUGUACAUGGAGUACAGUGCUGCACAAUCGUUUCUGAGGUACAUCAUAUUGAUCUUGUAUGGAUUUGUUUUCUUUCAGCCAUCAACCCUUGCCCUUGCUUUGCUGAGUCAUGAGUUGGUGUAUGUCUGUAACAACUGGUUUAUGGCAACACACUACUUGCAACAUGAAGGAAAGGUAUGAUUUGUCAGUUUGUAACCUCUUCACCCCUUAACUAAUCAUGUGCAGAAGAUCUCCGACCACUCGAGUCACCAUCGGUUUUAAUCCAGUCCAACAGGCUUGAGGUCAAUGUAAAAAAAACCUAAAGGGGAGGGGGGGGGGGUGGUGAGAGAAAGCAAGAGACAAAACUUUUAAGACUUUUUUGUCACUUUUUUACCCUAAAUCUCAAAAUUUUGCUUUCUGUACAUCCUGGAACUUCAGGAGCUGAUAUAACUUAUAGCAUUAGGAAUAGAAAUAAGAAUGCCACAAAGGGCUCAACUAAGAUAUCCAGAGCACCCCUCAUCUUUAUACCCAAGAUAUUGAAACAAUUCUUUCUGUAGAUUUUAACACCUCCUUCUUUUUUGUAGGUUUCAGAUGCCGAGCUUUGGGCGUGUUCAAAACUAGUUAAUGAACAUCUGAACUCUGUUAUACAAAAACACUUACCCAGUUUCAAGACAUUACCAAUGACUGAGAAUGAAGAUGAAGAGUUUCCAGUGAUAGAAAAUUGAAAAUGAAUUUGUACAGGUUCGUCUUGCUUAUUAUUUUUCAACAGUAUAUAUACACUGUCAAACUUUCUGUCACAACCUAAAUUAGAGACCUUCAAUGUGCUAACCUCUGCAUUCAUCCUGAUGACCUUUAAACCAAUCAAAAGCAUCAAACAAGUAAAUGGUUUGUAAUGAUCCUCAAUUAUUUGCCCAGUGAAUUAACUUUCCUACAGUUGCCUAUAAGAGAGAUCAAUCUGUGACAGAAAUCAUUCUGUCCUACAUGUAGUGUAUGCACCACAGACAGUGACAUAUGCAUUCAGUCAGAACACUGUUUUGAUCUCUAUAAAGCAGAGUGUCAUUUCAGGUUGAAUGUUGGUUCUCUAAAACAGAUGCUGUCCUGCAUAGAGUUGGAGUUGGGUCCAUGCCUGAGGGUUUCCAAACAAAACUAAUAGCAGCUUUUAUUUCCUUGUAGGUCCUCACUGCUUGCUAAGACGUUUUCUUUGUUACGUGAUUAACUACAGUGUAGUUUAGUAUGUAAAGCAACAAAGGAACACUUUACUUAACUAUCACAACUCAAGACUAGACUAGGGAUGUGUGAAUUGUAAUGAACAGUACAUAUGUAUAUUUAAAUCAAAAUUAUGUAUAAAUUUGAGAACCACCCAAAGCAAACAAGCAGCUCAACAUCAUACUUAGAGAUUCUCAUUAUGUCAACUGUUUUGUACAGUUCUUUUUUUAUGAAUUUUAUUGUUAAAAUGACCAAAAACCAUUUUAUUGGUUUAAUGGUUUGCCGGGUUUGUGUUACUUGUGGUAUCUCGUUGUGUUAAUAUGACUGUACAUUUGUACAUUUUAUUGGUUUUAUAUGGUGGAAUGGAGAAAAGGCAUUAGUGUAGACACCUUUAUUAUCUGUAAAUAUUUUAGUAUGGAGUGAAAAUAAAAGUUUGUACUUUAUAAAAAGAG